AUGAACACACACGCAGAUAUGGACCGGGAUAAGCUAUACGGGAAAGGACCUUUUGAUUGGACUCGAGCGACACCGGGUGAAGCAAGAAAGUUUCUUAUAGCAAAAGGUUUCUUCACGGAGGAAGUCCCGGAGUCCCCGGGACCGGAAGACCUGGCCCUGGCCUUAUUGAGAACGGCUAACGACCAAACACUACCAGCGCUCGCGGCGGACGCUAUCAAGGUAACAGCGUACCUCAUAGAAAAGCUAAAUGCACAUGCGCAGGAAAACGUCGCAAACGACAUAAGCGACAUUCGAGACAUGGUCAGGAACAACGCCGAGCGGGAACGCACGGACGCGACCGAACUGCGGGACGCUGCCAGCACUCUAGCAACCACGGUGGAGAAGGUAUACUCCGAGCUCCAGGAUAUCACUGAUAGAUUAGGGUCACAAGUUGAAACGCUGGAGACAAAGGUCGCAAAGCUCUCGGCAACCACGAACGAAAUCACAAAGGGGACGACAAACCCAAGCACACCCACAACGGUAGGACGUCCGUACACCACACACUCACAGGCUACGUAUGCCGACACGCUACGACGGGAAGCGGAACCCGUCCCCACAAAGCUACGAGCGGACAUGGCAAUGGCCAGGGCACGAGAUAAUCAAGUAACCCUACGCAACGAGACGCCCACGGAACCAGCAGUGUGGGCCGAACUCACGGAGAAAGAGGCCCUCACAAAAGUUAAGUACGCCAUUGAGAAAGCGGUACAGCUAACAGAAGAGGAAGGUGCCAUACACGGAGACCCACCAAUAGCUGCCGGCGUAACAAAAACACGAUCAGGAGCUCUAGUAAUACACAUGGCUAGCGUGCACCACGCCACCUGGCUACGCGAGGUGGAGACAAUGACCAGGUUCCUGGAGGCAUUUGGAGGUACGGUGAAGCAUGCGGAGAGACUGCACAUGGUAAUAGUACAAUUCGUCCCGGUUUCCUUCGACCCGGAAAGCACAGACCACACACGCUUCAUCGAAAGCAACAACAACCUGCCUCCUGGCGCACUCGGACACGCUCGAUACGUGAAACCCCGCAAUCGACAUGACCCGAACCAACGCUUUGCACACGUAAUCUUGGGGCUACGCACCCGACAACAGGCAAACCGGAUAUUACAACACGGAAUAUGUAUCGAAGGUAAAAAAGUCUACGGAAGAAAGCUGCUGAACGAGCCUAUCAGAUGCAUGAAGUGUCAACUCUAUAACGCAGGCCACAUUGCAAGGAACUGCCCUCUAGAGGCAGACAUAUGUGCGAGGUGCGCCGGAAGCCACCGAACCAGCGAAUGCAACAAGGAAGACGACGAAAGACAGUGCGCUAACUGCAAGAAUAAGGGUCUACCGCACACUGGACACGGAGCCGCAGACCGCAACUGCCCAAUUUUCACUAACCACCUACAGGCAUCGCUCCAGCGCAAUCCGGACGCGAAAUACCAAUACUACCCCAUCGAAGAUGACCCGACUACAUGGACGCUCACUCACGAGGCACAAACUGACCCAAUGCAAGGAAAUGGCCCACCAAAAAGGCAAGACCCAACGCGCUUCCGGCAGGGCCUCCCCACACAAGCCGCAGCUUUCGCCGCCACAAACAUGACAAGAGGUGCACAAUGGGAGGGGAGCACGCAGCGCGCAACCACCCAGCCACCCCUGCCACUACGACAGGGCACCCUAUCUUUUGCCAAUCACCGAACCGGCACUAGUAACAUAUCAAUGAGCUGGGCAAACGAGAUGGACCGCGAAGACCAGCUGAACACACCCACAGGAAACGACGCAAGCCCCCAAGCACCAACACGACCAUGGACGGAAUGA